GGCCAGAGGAGGCCGGCGGGCCAGAAAUAGCUCCAGCGCUGGACGGGCCCCAGCAGCCCGGACCUCCGCCGGAGCCCGGGCGGCCGCCCCGGGGCCCCGCGGCCCCGCCCCGCGCGGGCGCAGCGACGGCCCGCCCACCGCGCGCGGGGCCCGGGGCCCGGACAGAGAGCUUGGCGCCCGGGCUGCGCCUUCCGGGACCCGGGCCUGCCCUCCCCGCGGCGGCUCCGACGCGCCCGACACCGGUCUCCCUCCCGGACAGGCCCGCGCGGGGCUGCGGCCGGGACCCGUGGACGCGGGCUCCCGGGCGCCCCCGGAGCCACCGAUCGGGUCUCACUCGGCAGCCGGGCCCCGCGGCGCACUCACCUACCGCUCGUCGGAGUCCCAGCCGGGCGGAGGCUCGCGGGGGCGGCGGCUCCGGACGCCGAGAAUGCGCGGCCCCGGGUUACGGAGACACGCCCCGGCACGCCCCGCCCCGACCGCGCGUCACAGGCCCCGCCCCGACAGACGGCCCCGCCCACUGCGUGAGCCCCGCCCACGGCCGGCCGGCGCCGGGCGGGUCCGGACUCGCGCUGCGGCUGGCGGGCCGGAGUCGGCGGGGCGGGGCGUCGGCCUGGGGACGCCCCCAGCUCAGCGAGCCCCCGUCCCCGAAGCCGGAGGCUGGGCCCGGCGUCGGCCCCGCCCCCGGAGGCACUGACGACCGCCUGGGGCGGUGGGCGUCGGGCGGGCUCGGGAGGAUCCGGGGUCGGGGCCCGGCGCUGGGACCUCGUGUUCAGCUCCCUGUGGAGGACGGUGUGAGGUCUGAGAAGGCCGAGGGGCUAAGAUCUCGGGGUCGGAGAUAUGGG